UCUGCCACAGAGAGGACGGCACCGCGACAGACAGGUUUCACCCUGUAAAUUCAAGCUUUUUAAUAUGGGCCAGUAAGGAGGACGUAGAUCAGAAGCUGCCUGAAGAGAGAUUUGACCAACUAGGAAUCAGUUAAUGUUACUUCCAGUUGCCUGAGCAGAGUGGACCGCUUUAAUGGCUGCAACCAAACCAACCAAAGAAGUCUGAGGAGGAAUCAAGCCAGGGGAAUUUCUUCCACUGGAUUUGGCUUGUUUGCCCUGAAAGGACAGCACCUUUAUUUUAUAUUUUAGACAUCGUAUAUAUAAAACCCUCCUGACCUUAAGGACAAACAGGUAACAAAGCGAACACCAGGAUAUACAGAUGGACCCCUUUAUAGACAGUCCACGGAUGCGCUCUGACAGCAUGAGCAGUUCAGUGUCUCAGGGCUCGAGGUCCAAGGAGCUCCUCCGCCAGCGCUUGACUCAGCUGCUGACCUGCAUAGAGGACAUGAGCUCUGACGACGAAGCCAGUGAAGAAGUGUCCCGCACUCUGGACGAAGCAUUUCAGCUCUGCGGGCGCUUCAUUCCCACAGAUGCAUUCAGGCUGCUCAUAGUGACCUGGAACGUGGCCACAGCGGAGCCCCCUGAAGACGUCACCUCUUUGCUGCAGCUGGAUGUCCAGCCCCCCGCAGACCUCUAUGUAAUUGGCCUGCAGGAGGUGAAUGCCAGCCCUGUGAAGUUCAUCUCUGACCUGUUAGUGGAGGACACCUGGAGCCACGUCUUCAUGGACACGUUGGGACCCAGAGGCUUCGUCAAGGUCACAUCAAUGAGAAUGCAGGGUCUGCUGCUGCUGUUUUUUUCCAAACAAUGUCAUCUCCCCUUCAUCAGAAACAUCCAGACCACCUACACCCGCACUGGCUUCUUUGGUUACUGGGGUAAUAAAGGAGGAGUGACCGUCCGUUUUUCUUUCUACGGCCACAUGGUGUGCUUUCUUAACUGCCACCUAGCAGCUCACGUGAACUAUGCUCUGCAGCGUGUUGAUGAGAUUGAGUACAUCCUGGAGACACAAGACUUCGACAUCUCUGACACCCCACACAUCCGGGACCACAAGGUGGUGUUCUGGUUUGGCGACCUGAACUUUCGUAUUGCAGACCACGGCCUGCACUUCCUCCGGUCAUCCAUCAACGGUGGGCGCCUUAAUUUGCUGUGGAACAAAGACCAGCUCACCAUGAUGAAGAAGAAGGAAGCUUUCCUGCAGGAAUUUGACGAAGGGGCUUUAAACUUUAAACCCACCUACAAGUUUGACCGUAACUCUGAAACCUAUGAUACCAGCACUCCGAAGACAUGGUUGGGUUUUACUGGCAAGAAGAGGAAACCGGCCUGGACGGAUCGGAUCCUCUGGCGCAUCAAACCCAAAACCCUGCCAUUAGAGGAUGAUGAUGAGAAGGCGUUGACUUCUACUGAUGAUGUUCUCGAUGAGUAUCCACUCCUGGUCAGUCAGGACAAGUACACCAGUGACAUGAGCUAUGGAGUCAGUGACCACAAGCCUGUCAUUGCAGCCUUCAGUCUGGAGGUGAGGAAGUGCUUUGACACACCACUGGUGCACGUGUCUCCGCUGGGUGCAUGGAGCGCCGACCAGGAUGCACUUCUUAACUACACCAUCCCGGAGGACUUCAUGUCCUCCACGUGGGAUUGGAUCGGUCUGUACAAGGUGGGAUUCAAAAGUGCCUUCGAUUAUGAAACCUUUGUUUGGGUUCGAGAGGAAGAGUUGCCAGAGACCAAUGAAGUAAUUCAGCUAUCUGUUGACAAGGAUGAGAUCCCUCUGCUGGGUGGACUUUAUGUUUUGGGUUAUUACAGUACGAACAUGCAAAGCAUCAUCGGCCUCAGUGUUAACUUCCAGAUCCUGGAGUCAAAGCGUGCCGUCAUGGAAGGUCUCGUUCCUGAAAACAUCAAUGGACUCAACUAAUAAGAAGAAAUUUACCACAGUUGCCAAAUCAUAUUCCUCUCCCCAUUAAAUGUACACAGAAUGUAUUGUGUUCCUUUUAAAUGCCCCAAGAUCAACUAAAUCAUCUACUGGAUACGCUGAUUAAGUCAGUAAAUAAUGGCCUCCACACUGUGCUGUCACAUGGACUAGAAACUUCAUUUUGUUGUUUCCAACUUUGCCUUGAAGGAGUUCACUUUAAGUCAGAUUCACUCUUGCUGGAGCACUUUCUCCACAAAUAAGAUUCAUUGCUGUAACGAGUAGCCGUCCAGCUUAUCCACAGGC